UCUGCUCGCGAUGUCAUCAAAAUAUCGGCCUGCUGCAGGGUCUAGCGAAAACAUUUGGUGCACUUUUCGUCCGCUGAGUUUCUGCCUAUUCUUCGGCACACAAUGGCCCGUUUCGUAGGUUUGGAUAAACUCGGCAAGCUGUUCAACUACAUCCGCGACAAUGGAGGAAUCCGUGCCAGUUUGUACAAGCUGUACAGAAUGGACGAGAUGAAGGCUGGCCGUUUGGUGGGCGAGGACAAGUACGGUAACAAGUACUACGAAGAUCCGUCCCAGUUCUAUGGCCGCAAUCGUUGGGUCGAGUAUGCGCCGCACUGGAACCUGGAGUACGACGGUUCCCAAAUCCCGGCCGAGUGGUUCGGAUGGAUGCACUACAAGACUGAUCUGCCGCCGAAUCGCGAUGGUAAUCGCCCUCAUUACGCGUGGAUGUUGGAUCAUAGUGACAAUAAGUCCGGAACCAAAUUUUCUUACAUGCCGUACUCGACGACCCGCCCGAAGGUUGAAGCAUGGGAUCCGAAAAAGUCGCUACCGAAGUGAAGUGUUGUGGUUGGCGUGUGUACCGUUCGAUACAAUAUAUAACAGCUUGUAGAAGAUUGUAAAUAAGUGGCUACUGAAGCAGCUACGCGAUGGUUAAUACAACAGUCCGAACAUAAUUUCGACGUGAAGUGUUA